UGGAAAUGUUCGAAAUGGCAUAGCAAUUGUAAAGCCCGGGCCAUAACCUCCUUAGAAGUACCCUCUAAAUGUAUUAUAAAAGGCUGUCAUAAUCAUCCUUUAACAAAUGAAGACUAAAUUAAGAAAAGCUUUUCGCAUAGAUUUUAUAGAUUCCAAGAAAAAUGGUGGCAAAUUAUUGGUUAUCAAUGGUUUUCGUUUCUUUCGCAAUAAAAAACAUGGCUCACGACAAUACUGGAAAUGUAGUAAUUAUUAUAAGGAAAAAUGUCCUGCCAUUGCUAUAUACGAUGAAAAUACUUUAAAUUUAAGAUUGUGUCAUCAGCAUCGCCAUGUAUCCAGCAAUGAUAUUGAAAUUAAACCUUUUCUAGCCAAAGAACAUAAUAUGAUGGGUGAAGCUGCUUUGGCGGCUUUUAAAAAUUGAUAAAGAGUUUGUGUAAAAGUUAAGAAGCUAAUAUAAACUAAAAAGGUUUGUUUAAUGCCUGCCAAAAUACACUGAAAAAAAAACACAUGUACAAAAAUCUUCACAACAUGGACAAUAUAAAGGCAAACAUCCUAAAAUACAAUUUUCCGUAUCAAAACGUGGUGGCCAAUUGCUGUGGUUAGAUGGUUUAAAAUAUUUUCGUAAUAAUGAAAAUAGAACCAAU